CUUGAUGGUACUCGGGGCUAACGUUAUCAUAAAAUAGAACACGAAAACGUAGUGCUCUUAUGACCGGAUGGCUGGCUUUUGAUUGGUGCUAUUUUUUACUAAAGGAAGACCUUCUGCUUCUCUCCUUCUCUCUCUCCUUUUCUCUCUAUCUCUCAUCUCGAUCACUAACUCUGGACCCUGAAACUCCUUCUAUAACUUCUAAAAGAAGUCUAGCCGUAUGUUAAAACAUGGAUCGAAUGAGGUGGCUAGUGAAAAAUCUCCCGUCAGCGGCAGCGGCAGUGGCUGUGACGUUGUUGCUCAUUAGCGGCGACGGGGCGUUCGCCUCACCCUCGGACGCCAGAGCCACUAUUUCAAAGGAACCUACAGACACCAAUCCGCCCACAGUCUAUGAUCCGGACCACAACGUGACUUACGUCGGUGUUGCUCGUAAUGGCAUCGAAAUCUUCCUCAACAUCCCGUAUGGUGCGGACACGAGCGGCGCGAAUCGAUUUCGGCCGCCGCAGCCGGCUACCGUACCAUCGGGGUCCACUAUCAUCGCCCAGGCGUACGGUCCGGCCUGUCCACAGGCGCUCCGCAAUUCCACAAACCCCUUGGAGUUGAGUCCCAUAACUCAAGUGUCGGAAGACUGUCUGAACCUGAACGUGGCGCGGCCGAAGGGGCUAAAACCCUCAGACAAUCUGCUGCCCGUCAUGGUGUAUAUCCAUGGUGGAAGCUAUUUUGUGGGCUGGAAUGGCGAUUUGAGCAUUGUGCCGGACGGGUUGGUACUACAGGCGGACGAAAACGGGACCCCGGUUAUACAUGUUGCCAUGAAUUACCGGCUAGGGGUUUUUGGUUUUGCACAAUCGGAUGCCUUGCGCGCUGAAAAGUCCGAGAACGCUGCGCUCCGCGACCAACGACUCGCAUUCGACUGGGUACGCCAUAACAUUGCAUAUUUCGGCGGAGACCCAAGCCGCGUUACGAUUUUCGGGCAGUCGUCGGGUGGAGUGUCCGUGGGGCUGCACCUGCUUGCCUAUGGCGGUACCCAGCCAUUCCACUUCCAUCAGGCCAUCUGUCAAUCGCAGGCGCUCGCACCGGGCAUUACGGGUAACUUCACGCGCGACGCUAUGCAGGCGGUUGUCGACGCGACGGGCUGCAACGUGACGGCCUUCGACAGCAUCGAGACCGUAGCCUGCCUAAGGGAGCUUGAUACUGAGGUACUGGAGAGCGCGGCGCUGGACACGUGGCAGUACGACAACGCGCACAAUGGCGGCGACGUGUGGCUGCCCGUCGUAGACGGUGACUUCCUGCCCGCGGCGCCAUCACAAUUACUCCGGGAUGGCCGGUUCGCGGCGGUCCCGGACGAUGUGAACGCCAUCAUGAUUGGCUGGUGCGACGACGACGUCAACCAGUUCAUAGACCCAAGCAUUGAGACGGCUGCGGACACACGGAGUUUCAUCGGUGAAUUCAUUUCCGGUGUAUCGUCCACAAACCUCGAUACCCUGCUUGCGCUGUAUCCGGUCUCAGAUUUCGACGACGACCCAACUGCCGGGCUGAGCGCCGAGUUCUAUCGCGCGGCGCGUAUACAACGAGACGUCAUGAUGGUAUGCCAACCGAUCUACUUAGGCUCGAGCUUAGCCGCGGCUGUCAAGGAUACUAGUGACGACGACGACUUCCGCGUGUAUAUUUACGACUGGAACCAAACGAUGCUGGACACGGCGUUGCAGUCCUCGGAGAACGUGACAGGCCUGGGCUCUAUCCACACGAGCGAGUUCGCCUACGUCUUCGGCAACCUAAGCCGCUACGACGUGGACGGCUACGCGUACGCGCCAACAGACGCGGACUGGGUGCUUGAGCAGCGCGCAAGCCGCAGCUGGGCGGCCUUCGCGACGACCGGGCGACCUGGUACAUUGGCUGGCAAAAUUGUGGACGACGACAUCUUUCAAGGGUUUGAGCCGGGCUUAGAUGCGGAUGGAGAGCUAUUGGGCGUUUACGUGAUUGGAGGCCCGAACCAAGGGUGGGGCACGGUAGAGAGCGACGAUGGCAGGUCUCCCAGCCCAUGGAAGAUUAGCGCACAGAAGUUGAGAGAGCGUUGUGCAUUCCUCAAUUCGGAAGAGAUGAUUGAAGGGAUAAGAUAUUAGUCGUUUGGUUCAUCUUUGUGUAUUGUUCGUUCUUAUUUGCUUUCUUUUCUUUUUUUCUCCUUUAUCCUAACGUAGACAAAUGACAAGAAUCAAUCGCUACAGAGAGCCGUUGCGUUUCCGG